AUGGCUCCCAUGAAGGCAAUGAAGGCUGCCGGCGCCAGCAAGAGCAUGAAGGUCAUGAAAAUGAAGGCGGUCCGCGCCCUGCCGAAGAGUGGCAUUGCAGCACAGGUGGCCGAGAACACAGGCCUGAAGAAGUCCGCGGUGACGCAGGUGCUUUCCUCCCUGGCCGAUAUCGGUGCAACGGAGGUGAAGAAAGCAGGCAAGUUCGUCCUUCCGGGCCUGGUCAUGAUCAAGACUCGCCAGAAGCCUGCCACCAAGGCCGGCAAGCGCCAAAUGUUUGGCAAGGAAGUUCUCGUGAAGGCGCAGCCAGCCAAGACGGUUGUGAAGGCGUACCCGGUGAAGGCUGUGAAGGCACAGUUCUAG